AUGUCUCACACAGAGCGUAAAGUCUGGAGUCAAGAGGUACCUAAUAAGUAGGAAGAUGACGCAAUUCAAGAUCUAGUUGACGAAUUCGGGGACAAAAAUUGGAUUUUAAUUGCAGAAAAGCUCGUCGAAAAAUUCCAAAUUCAAGGAAGAACAGGAAAACAAUGUAGAGAACGUUGGCAUAAUCACAUUGAUCCAGGAUUAAAGAAAGCAGGCUGAACCAAGGAAGAAGAAAACAUUCUUUUCCAAAAGCAGAAAAUAUUUGGCAACAGAUGGUCAGAAAUAGCAAGAUACCUACCAGGAAGAUCUGAUAAUUCCAUAAAAAAUCAAUUCUACAGCACAGUAAGAAAAAAUUUAAGAAAAUACAAUAGGAAUAAGCCGACUGAUAAGCGAAUUGUAGGCUCUCUAAAGCAGCUUUUGCAGAACCCCGAAAUAGCCAAGAUUUUGAUAACUUAUAGUGGGCCUCAUGAAGAUCUGAAAGACCCAGAUACCAAAAAAUCUUAAUUAUCUAUAACGCUUUACGUCCACUACGGGGCAGCCAACUCCAGAGCUGCAACCAUAUUUAUCCAUGUGUCGAGCCCAGAAAUUGCUGGAUCGAUUCCUUUUGAUCGCAAUGCACGGGUAAAUAAGGCGCUCCAGCUUCGACGGGCUUCGCUGAUGCCACGGCUUUAUUCCGACUCAGCUCCUGCGCGUGUUCCGCCUGAGGGUCCAUCUCCCUUGGGAUGUGCUGAGGGGUAAAGACCUGAGAGUCUUGAUCGCACUGGGGAGCAGUUCCUCUGGUUAUCUCCAAAGUUAAACCGCUGUUGUUGUGCAGAAGUUCUCGAGGUAAAACCCAACCCCAUAAAUAAAAUUGCUUGAGUGAGAGAAAGUUAACUUCGCUUGAAGCGAAAGCCAUUUUAUUUAUGAAAGACCCAGAUACCAAAAAAUCAAAAAAAAAUAAAAAUCUGAGAAAAGCUUCUAUUAAUACUGAAGAAGUCAAUAACGAAGCUUCCUCAAUUUUGCAGUCACUAUAUGAUGACUCCAAAGAAAAGACGGAAAAUCCAGCCCCUCCGAAACUUGAAAAAAUAAAAGAGCUGGAGCUAAAAAUAGAUUCGGCGACCCCAAUUGCGAGCUUGAAUUCUACAACUCCACUGAUAGGUCAAACAUCGACUUUCCGAGGAGCACACGUUUUUAAUUUCCCUGAAGAUAGCACGAUGUAUUAUAAUUGGGAUGGUUAUAACGCUGGAGAAUUAGAUGGAAUUCAUGGGCCAGACUCGCAGCAGGACUCAAUGCCUUUUCAAAAAUUUGACUCUUUGCAAGGGUCUAGUAGGUCAGAAACUCUGAAUUUUUUGAGGCAAAUGCAGUCUCCACAUGCAAAUACUUUUAUUUUGCCUCCAUUUUCACCAAUGGAUUCAUUUCAGCACUAUCUUAGUCCAAGAAAUAAUAAAUAG